AUGGCGGAACAAGCGAUCGUGAAGAAUUCGCCUGAAAAUGAUGAUUCGAAAUUGGAAAAUUGUGACAAGAAGAAAGAGAACGUGAUAUUGGAUCCAGAAUUCUUCAGUUGUAUGCUUCAGCCUUCUCCUCCCAAUUCUGAUCCCAAUUACAUUGGAAUACGCCGCCUUCUCCUCUAUCGGAAAGCUCAGUCCAGUGUCCUGCGCCGCAAGGCCGAGAAAUUGGGAAAGUUCACAAAUACCAAGUUACCCGAGCACUCCAGGACAGAGUGUAGUUUACUGGUUAAUGCAUCAGUGGACGACGGGUACCAUCUCCAAGUCCACUCUCCCAUUUGUUUGAGGUGGACAGCUGGAGUACGAGCAGGUGGUAGUAGAGCAUUGAGUUUCCGCACAAGUGUCAGUUCAAAUGUAAGUGAUACUGAGCUCCCACGUAGAAAGGGCGAACCUGCAUAUUCCUUUGUAGGGAUGCACUGCAUUUUUGACCAGUGCAAGGCCAUGGUUACGGUCAUAAAGUUUGGGCACAUGAGUUCUGAUCUGCUUGCUUAUGGAGCAUCAGAUGGAAGCUUGACUGUAUGCAUUGUUUCUACUUCACCUGCAGUUCUCCAGCAGUUAACGGGACAUACAAAAGAUGUCACAGAUUUUGACUUCUCAACUAACAAUCAGUACAUCACAUCUUCCUCAAUCGACAAAACUGUUAGAGUAUGGGAUAUCUUGAAAGGCCUUUGUAUGAGGGUGAUUUAUGGAAUUUCACCUCAACUUUGUAUUCGUUUUCAUCCGGUGAACAAUAAUUUUCUUUCAGUUGGCAAUGCAAACAAGGAAAUAAUGCUGUUCAAUUUCAACACUAGAAGAACAAUCAGUAAAGCGACCUUUGACAGUAAGGUUACUGCUAUGGACCAUGACCACACUGGUCAGCUUAUCUUCUGCGGUGAUGCUAAGGGAUGUGUAUACACAUACAGAACCUUUUCUUUGCUCACCCGAGGUCCUGUGUUGCUAACAUUUUCUCAAGAUGGAAGUUUGUCUUUCUUCAGCGUCUCUUUGGAGAUACAAGGUUAUUUGACUCUUCGCUGUGCACUUAAAUUGGCUCCACGACUGCAUAGCAUUCGUGCUUCUUUCUGUCCUCUACUUUCCCUUGAGAAGGGAGAAUUUAUAGUUGCCGGGAAUGAAGAUGCUAAUGUCUAUUUCUACGAUUUAACUCGACCAAAGCAUACGUGUGUAAACAAACUACAGGGUCAUGGCUACCCGAUUAUAGGCAUUGCUUGGAACCAUGGAGAGAAUUUGUUGGCUUCUUCCGAUUUUGGUGGAACUGUCAUUGUAUGGAAAAGAGCAAAGACAAGUUGA